AUGCAGGAAGAACUCACUGCUUUGGAACAAAAUCAUACUUGGACCAUCACUACUCUACCCCCUAAUAAAAAGGCUAUAGGAUGCAAAUGGGUUUACAAGAUUAAACGUAAUGCAGAUGGCACAAUAGAUAGAUUCAAGACCCGCCUUGUUGCAAAGGGGUACACCCAAAUGGAGGGCAUUGACUACUUUGACACUUUCUCACCCGUGCAUCUAAAGCAAUUAGAUGUCAAUAAUGCCUUCCUACAUGGAGACUUGUAUGAAGAAGUCUACAUGCAAUUACCACCAGGAGUCACUGCCACAGGUCCUAACCAAGCUUGCCUCCUCCACAAAUCCCUCUAUGGUUUGAAACAAGCUAGUCGUCAAUGGUAUGAUAAAUUAUCUUCUUUUCUCCUUUCUCAAGACUUCACACAAACAUCAGGUGAUCAUUCUCUUUUUACCAAACACAAUGGUGACAACAUUACUAUCAUGAUUGUUUACGUAGAUGAUAUAAUAUUGAGUGGAAAUGACAUUAAUGACAUUAAUCACAUUACCAAUAUGCUUAAUGAUCGUUUCAAAAUUAAAAAUCUUGGUAACUUGUCUUAUUUUUUGGGUUUUGAGGUGGCACGAAGUAGUGAAGGUAUCCAUCUCUCCCAGCGCAAGUAUGCUUUGGAUCUUCUCAACGAAACAGGGAUGCUUAAUGUUGCUCCUGUCAGUACACCAAUGAACUUCUCUACCAAAGUUUGCUCUCAAGGUGAUCCUGUUGAUGAUCCUGCUGCCUUCAGGAGAUUAAUAGGGAGACUUAUCUACCUCACCAACACUCGCCCCGAUAUCACAUAUGCGGUCCACCGUUUAAGCCAACACGUUGCUUCCCCAACUAAGCUUCAUCACCAAGCUGCUUUCAGAAUUAUGUGCUACAUCAAACAAACACCGGGUCAGGGUAUUUUUUUAAAAGCUAUUAACACUCUCACUUUAAAAGCUUAUAGUGAUUCAGAUUGGGCUGGUUGCCCUGACUCUCACAAAUCCACCACGGGGUACAUUGUUUAUCUGGGCGAUUCCCCAAUAUUUUGGAAAUCUAAGAAGCAAUCAAUUGUCUCGCACAGCUCUUCGGAGGAUGAAUAUCGUGCUCUUGCUUAA